UUUCAGUUACAGCAUCCUACAAAGAACCCCUGCCUGGUUGGGUGGACAACAUCAAUGGACCGACAGGCAUUAUGAUCGGCGCCGGAAAAGGUGUAAUUCGUACGAUGAUGUGCAACGAUCAGAUUCUAACUGACAUCAUUCCUGUCGACAUGGUUGUCAACGCCUGCAUCUUGUUGGCGUAUCUUAAUGCCAUUGAGAAACCUGACAAAAUAAGUGUAUGCAAUUUGACUCAGUCCGGUGUUAACCCUAUGACUUGGGGAAUGGCCUUGGACUAUGGUCGACUCCACGUCCAGGAAUUCCCAUAUUCCGUGUGCGUGUGGUACCCUGGAGGCUCUCCGAAAACAAAUUGGCUCCAUCAUCAAAUUGCUCUCUUCUUCACACACUGGCUGCCAGCUUAUUUCUUAGACGUCCUUCUGUAUUUACUUGGACACAAAACUUUUAUGGUAAAGGUGCAGAAAAAGGUGAGCUACGGUCUCGGCGUACUUCAGUAUUACACGAUGAAGACUUGGAGCUUCAAGAACGAUAAUUACUUGUCUUUGAAGAAGAGAGUUAGCAAAGAAGAUGACGAGAUCUUCUUUACUAACCUGGAAGAAAUUAACUGGAGUGAGUACAUAAGGUGGUAUAUGAAGGGUGCCCGAGAGUACUGUCUUAAAGAAGACCCAGCCACGUUACCUCAAGCCAGAAGACUGCAUAAACAAUUAUACUGGUUGGAUCUCAUAGUAAAGAUAAUUUUCUUCUCUCUCUGCUUUUACGUUUUGUACAACAAUGUUUUAAAACAAAUUUUAUAUUAAGUAUUAUGUUAUAAAUUAACAUAACAAUAUGUGUAGAAUAAUUUCAACAUCAUUUUCCAUCGACAUUGGGAGCCUUUAAUUAAUUGUUUCAGUAUUAAAUGAACAAGGUGACAACUUAAGAUCUGCGAGGUUUUUCAGUAGAACUUGUCUCAAUGCCAUAAAGUUGUACUUUAUGGGUGCCACCGCAAAUUUUACACGACGAGUGUAGUACUAUAAUAAUCUACAAACGUUUCGGUUAUUGUGAAUGUUAUUUUUAUAAUUUAAGUUUAUGUAAAAAAAUCAUUUGUUGCGAAUAAGGAGACUUUAAACAGAUCGAAAGAGCAGGAGAAUUUAACUCAGCUGUGUUAAUGACUUACUAACUUACUGCGCUGGCUCAGCGAUUCAAAUCUGGCUUGGUUUCCGAAAUGAGAUGACGCCACUCUCUCCGGUCCUGUGCAUUUUCUCGUCAAUUGAUGGCUUGAAAUUCGCGUAGGCAUCUUUCCAGCUGUACAUGUGCUAACCAACCUGUUUUCAUCUAGUGGUCGACCCGGAUAGGUUAUAUUUACGUUCCGAUUCUCUCCCAUCCUUUCUAAAUGGCCAAGCCAGCAAAAUCUGUGCACUUUGGUUGCGCUGAUAUUUCGCUGGGCGACGAGCUCUUCUAUUUCGUCCUCAAUUACUAAUUUUUGAUAAAAAAUAUUUUAUUCCAUUUCAUGAAACAGCUGACAUUGUUUAUUUUUAAAGGUGAAUUUGAUAAGUUAUCAUUACCCAUGAACCUGUAGCUAAAACGCCGUUUAUUUUCUUCCUAUACAAAAAAAAAAUGUUAAAAUGACAUGUUUCAAAAUGGUGGACCCAUAUAGUAAAAAUGUUUUUUUCUAUAAUGUACAGUACUACAGUGGAAUUUCUAUAAAAUUACGUUUUAUAUUUUACAACGUUUUAUAGCGUGAUUUUAUAUAAACAAUUUUUACUACAGAGUUUGUACAAAUAUAUCAACUACCGUAUACCUACUGGAUUACAAUAGAUAUCCAUAAGGGUAAAUGAAAACAUAGUGAAACAAGUAUUUGAAUAAAUUGUUCAGUACAGCUCUGUUCUGUGUUCUUACAACUCUACCAAUAAAACCUUAAAGCAUUGAUGGACAAAAUGACGCAGAUUCAGGGUCACUUUGUUUAUGGGGUUAUUUUUCAUUAUCUCGAGUCUAGCACAGCAUUUCUAUUAUUGUUUUGUUUUAAAUCAUUUUGAAAAUAUGCACAACUUUACACGUCGCAUUGAAAAAUAGAUUUAACUAAAUAUGGUACAUACAGCGUAGCCGUGACAAAGAAUCUUCAAUAUCACAUUAGCGUAUUAUCCAUCCUAUAUUCUGCAGCCUGGAAGCUGGCCACUGCUGGCUGGCUAAGCUUAUUAUUUGCCAGAAGUAGUUGCUGGCCUCCUGGUUACCGGAUACCGAAUAUUACUUCCUGAAAUGUUUCGAAGGGUUGUCGAACGGAGAACUAGAUUACAUGGUCAGGUUCAGAACCAAAGUUUUUUUUUUUUUAAUUUAAUAAUAGAAAUGUUACGAUAAGAGAUUUUAGUUUAAUAAAAUUUUACUAUGUAAUUGAAAAAAUGUAUUGUGAUUUUUAAAAGUUGAAAACUUUUACUGUGGUAGUUAGGAAAUAAUCACCCUUCAACACGAAUGGGCGUAAUUUAAAUUUUGGCGAAAAAGUUUUUUUACUAAGGAAUAAAUACUUGUUUUACAAUUCUGAAGUAAAAUAUUUUACUUAUUACUAAACCUAUAAUUCCCUGUACGUAGAAAUGGUAAGCAAGUGUCAUUUAUAACCAAAGUAGAGCAAUGCAUAGCUAAAACAUUGAAACAAACUUUAAAAAAAUCAGAUUAAAGUUAUGCAAAUUGUCCGAUUCGGAAACUCAAAGUAUAUUUUGUAAUGCAAGUACUUUUUUUCGUCAAAAUUUCUACUUACAUUGAUUCUAAGGGACAAUAUAAGGCCUAAAGUUAUUAGCUGACGUCUUUUCAUGGGAUUUUUAAGUGCAUGAAUGAAUACGACUUUUACUAAAAGGGGACCCUUUUAGAUCGCGCAAGUAAAGCCAGUUGCUUCAUAGUAAAGUUUGCGGUGCAUGGUUUGAAGAACAUAAAGGGAUGUCAGCGAAUGAAUUUGGAUCUUAUAAAUAUAUUUUAUUGUAAAAUUUAAGUUAAAAUAUCAAAUACAGGUGAAAAAAUCUUUAUCUCCAAACUAUCGUAAAUGAA